AGUGCUGUCAUCAGGAAAUAUGGAGGAAAGCAGGAGCGGGCCGCACUGCCUCUCCGGGACCGGAGCCUUGGCUGGCAGGAAACGGACUAUCAGAACAUGGACCGGCCUUCUGGGACUCCUCAUACUGCUAGCCAGCGCCAGGCCCUCGGGGGCCACGACACACUGGGUGGUGACAGAGGACGGCAAGAUCCAGCAGCAGGUUGACUCCCCUAUGAAUUUGAAGCACCCUCACGAUUUAGUGAUCUUGAUGCGACAAGAGACCACUGUUGGCUACCUAAGAGAGUUAGAGAAACACUUGGUUGCUCAGAAGAUACACAUUGAGGAGAAUGAAGACCGCGACACAGGCCUGGAGCAGAGACACUACAAAGAUGACCCAGACUGUAUAAAAGCCAAAGUGCCUUUGGGAGACCUGGAUUUAUACGAUGGAACAUACAUAUCAUUGGAAAGCAAGAAUGUCAGCCCUGAAGAUUACGUGGACAUGCACAGUCCCUUAUCUUCCAACCUGAUGCAGCCAGACUGUACGAAUAUCAUAGAGCUUCCAUUCAGCAUUCAUGCCUUCCAACACCUUCGGGGCAUCCAGGAGAGGUUGAACCUCUCAGCUCCUCUGUUGCCAAAAGAGGAUCCUAUCUUCAAUUCGCUGCCCCGGCAGUUAGGAAGGACUGUUGAAGAGAUCGGUCAUAGAAUAUUAGAUGCCCUCCUUAAGAAUAACACUUCCUGGGUCCUCUAUAACAUGGCAUCUUUCUACUGGAGGAUAAAAAACGAGCCGUAUCAUGUGGUGGAAUGUGCGAUGAGAGCACUGCACUUCUCUUCCAGACAGAACAAGGAUAUUGCUCUGGUGAAUAUGGCAAAUGUUUUACACCGAGCCCAUUUCUCAGCCGAUGCUGCUAUUCUGGUCCACGCCGCAUUAGACGUGUCCACUGACAUUCUAACCAGUCACUACACGUUGGGAAACAUAUAUGCAAUGCUGGGAGAAUACAAUCACUCUGUGUUGUGCUACGAUCGAGCUCUGCAGGCAAAACACGGCUUUGAUCAGGCAAUCAAAAGAAAGCAUGCUGUACUGUGCCAGCAGAGACUGGAGCAAAAACUAGAGGCGCAGCACAGAUCUCUCCAGAGGACUCUAAAUGAACUGAAAGAAUACCAGAAGCAACAUGACCAUUACCUGCGGCAGCAGGAGAUCCUGGAGAAACACAAGCUGAUCCAGGAAGAACAGAUUCUGCGCAACAUCAUUCACGAGACUCAAAUGGCCAAAGAGGCCCAGCUGGGAAACCAUCAGAUCUGUCGCAUCAGUAACCAGAAGCACAGCUUGCACUGUCCCUGGGACCUCCCUGUGCGCUACCACAGGGGUGACAUCUUUGAGAAUGUGGAGCAAGUUUUGUUUGGAGAAGACACCUCAUCUGCCUACAUGAUGUCUGAAAAUCUGGAACUUCAGACAAAUCAAAGCAUCCUCCAGCAACGCCCACCUGUGCCACGUUCCCCAAUCAAGGUGUGGGAUAAGGAUCCGAGCAUGCUUAUUCAAGAACCAAAUCAGCUGUGGCCUGAGAAAACCGAUUGUGCCAAGACAUUCCCAACAGUCCCAUCUCCAGAAGAUCUUCCAACCUAUCACCUACCUCUUGGACAGGGAACCCUGAGUCUCAGUCCUGUCCUAUCGAAGCAGAUAGACACUGGCAGUGACAUGCAAAAGCCAGAUUGUUUGACUGUCACAGACGUGCGAAAAAACAAGACCAUGCACAAGCUUCUGGUAGAACUGGAGACACGACUAGAGCUUCAACAGCUGAAGCCGGAUAGACACUCGAAGCAGAUUUUGUUCUCAAGAGUGAAUAAUCUCAGUAUGUCAGAAGAUGAAGUUGGGGAUGCUCUUUAUCACUCCCUGGCACAGCCAGUGGGACCCAUUUGGUCUGUGUUAAACGAAGCUGCUCUCUAUUGGCGUGCCGUGGGAAACUUUACCCAAGCAGUUGCUUGUCUACGCAGAGCAAUGAACCUCUCGCCUCCCCAAAAUCAACACGUUCCCUUGGUCAAUGUAGCCAAUAUACUGAUUCACCGUGGCCUGCACAUGGAGGCUAGUAAAUUGCUGCUUCAAGCUUUAGCUGUAGACCAGUCUGAGCCACUUACAUUGUUGAGCCUGGGGAACACAUACUUAUCACUCAGGAACAUGACCGGUGCCCUUAAAGUCUUCCGUGCAGCGUUGGACCUCCAAAAAGGAUGCCCAGAGUGCGAGGACAGUUUACAGAUGAUCCGCUGCUUGCAACUUUACCCAUUCCUAUACAACAUCAGCACCACUGUCUGUAGCGGCCACUGCCAUGCCAGCAGUAAAAAUGGACCCAACGGUUCAAAGAAAUAUUCCCAUAGUUACACGCAGGUUUUAAAUGAAACAGAGGACAAAGAUGACCAGGACAAUGCUGAGGAGCAAGAUUCUUCUCUACAGCUUGGAACAGAAACAAACCGCACAGAGGUCGAUGAAUCUGCUGGGGAGAGUCCAAUGUCCGAAGAGAUGAUGGCUCUGGUGGACGAGUUUGAAAACUCAUGGCCUUUGGAAGCCUUCGAGGGAGCACUGGAAUUAAAGGGUAGAAGGAUGGAUCUUCAGGGCAUCAGAGUUCUGAAUAAGGGCAACCAUAAUGGCCAGCCUGGGUCCUGCUUUGGAGAUUGUGAAGAUGAUGAUGAGGCCGAAUGGAUUACGUUCCAAGUAAAGCGUUUGAAGAAGCCAAAAUCUGAUGGUUCUCACACUCUUGACCUCACUGACUCCGUUGGAGAAGAAUUUUCGGACAAUCAAGAGAUACAGUCUGGACUGGAAAUUACUGGUCCAAAAAUACCAGCCCCUGGUCCUGCUGGAAGGCGUCCAGAUUACCGGAGUCUUGGAUGGCCAAGCCCCGAUGAAUGCUUGAAACUGCGUAGAGUUGAGCUGUCUACAGUGGCCAGCACGUGGCUGGCUGUGUCUGCUAAAAAUAUAGAUAUCACAGAGCACGUGGAUUUUGCAACACAGCUGCAGGAGCCAGGCGCUGAGCCCCUGUGUAAUCCAAAUCUUGCGGCUAGUAUGCAUACAUUGGACCAUCUGUACGGGAUAGCGAACCGCGCCGCUAUACACUACACUGGGGAGAGCCAGCUGAAAGAGGUUUUACAGAACCUUGGAAAAGACAAAUAUCCCCCACAGUCGUUGGAGCAAGUGGGAACUCGGAUAAUGAAGGUCCUGGAGAAGAACCAGACCUCGUGGGUGCUAUCCAGCAUGGCUGCUUUAUACUGGAGAGUGAAGGGUCAAGGGAAGAAAGCGAUUGACUGCCUACGCCAGGCCCUGCAUUACGCCCCCCAUCAUAUGAAGGAUGUGCCUCUUAUCAGCUUAGCCAACAUUUUCCACAACGCCAAACUCUGGAAUGAUGCCAUCAUAGUUGCCUCAAUGGCAGUGGAAAUCGCACCACAUUUUGUAGUGAACCACUUCACGCUUGCCAACGUUUAUGUAGCAAUGGAGGAAUUUGAAAAGGCCAUGCGAUGGUACGAGUCCACCCUUAAACUCCAGCCCGAGUUUGCUCCUGCCAAGGAUAGAAUUCGUGCUAUUCAGUGCCAUCUACUGUUAAAAAAGGGGAGGCGCUCCCCAUAGUGCCACCCCAGGCAUAAAACACAAGCUUAUCAAUAUUAUCCUACUGAACGGUUUGCAGUUCUGCAGUAGUGGAAAUGGACCGACCGUUUUUGGAUGAGUAAAAAGGUGUAAUUAUUUUUACUCUCAUCCAAUAAAGGACCGUGCAGGCUGCUGAUUAAUUAUAAACAAAUAAUUCCUCUGACAAAACCAGUGAAAUCUGGGCUUGGAGGUGGUGGGGGGGGGGAUCUUUAAUAAAUUAUCCAUGCUGCCAUUUGUUCCAUUUAUUUUGUAUUUUACUGCGAUGCACCUUACACAGGAGUUUAAGGUGUAUUGUAUGUCACAAACCAGCCCUUUAAUUUUAAACCCAGCCUUUGUCAUCCAGGCAACUCUGGCGAUAUCCUAACACUAAACGAUGGACCUGAUCAGCGGGUUUUCUCAUUUAUUUAUUCAUUUUUCAAUGAUUGCCAAUACCUGAGUUUUUUUUAAUCUUUUAGUUGCAGAGAAACCUGCAUCAAAAUAUGCUGCAAUGUAUUUUCGCCAAGUUUGAAACCUAAAAAAUAUGCACCAUCAAAGGUAUUUGGAAAGGAUUGCGUUGGCAAUAUCAUGACCCUAAAAUAUCUGAACUCUGAUUGUGAAAUAUUUAUUUAUCCUGCUGGUUCCACAGACGAUUAUCACCAAUUGUAAUAAAACAUAUGUCUUCUUCCACUGUU